CCAUCGCAUCGCGGAUUCGUCGAUCUAAGUGUCGUGCGUAGUGUCAACAUCGACCGUAUCACGGCAAAACAGUGACAUUCGAGAAAGGAAAGUGUGACGCGAUAUGAUGGAUCUGCAUUAACAUGAAACUCCGACUACGGUCGGCUUGGAAGGGCUUUACAGUAUUCCUUCAAUCGGAAAUAAUAUAUACAAAAGGAUAUCGUGAAAACAAUCGCCGUAAGUUGCGCGAGUGAGGAUGAAGAUACGCGAGAUCAGGUAAAGGAAGAGAUCACUCUCUUACUAGCGGGUAAUGUGGAGAAUGCAAGAAGGCAGGACCGCGUCGCCUCUAGGACCGAUCGUCCUACCGCGGGAAGAGGCCGACAUGCGUGCUAGUCUAUCACUGCCGCCGCAGGAGAGGAGGCCCGUGUUGCUCGUACGUACAAGCGAGUCCUUCCCGAGGUACGACGGCAUGCGACAACAGCAGUCGCCGUCGAGCUCGCCGAUCCUGCGAUCCGUCACCGCGGUCGACAAGGAGCAGUACCAUGACAUAGAUCAAAGUAGGGAAAAGAGGCCGAACGAUGUCGAGGAAGUGGAAGAGCAGGAGGAUGAGGAAGAGGACGAUGCCGAGGACGAGCGAAACUCGCCGGCUGGAAGGAACGUCAUCGUGGACGACGAGGAUGACGAAGAGCAGGAAGACGAAGAAGAGGAGGAGGAGGACGAUGGUCGACCAUCCGAGAGACACCGAAACGGCAACUACCACGAAGACGGUGACAUCGAAGUCGACGUGUGUCGAGAGGAUGCCGACGAGAGCAAUCCCAGUAGCCCGGUAGAUCUCACGGCACCCUCGUCGAGAGGCGUCGCAUCCGAUCAGUUUGUACAUCCGUUCGCCAAUCGCGGGGUGCAUCCUUUCACUUGUGUACAAAGUGGUGGGCCCGCCGGCCACGGAACGUCAGUGUAUAUAUCCGGACACGGCGCUACCGGCUCGGCCGUCAUGACGGUGUGCACUUCCGGUAACGUGGCGCGCACCACCACCGGCACGUCGACAGGUAGCAUCACCACGACCGCUACUAGCACGGUGCAGACGAACAACAAGCGGUGCCUCGCAUUCUCCGUCGAGAAUAUCCUCGACCCGAACAAGUUUACCGGUGGCCGCGUCGUCCAUAAUCGCGUCCAGCAUCGCCGACAUCGACGCGCCGGCAGCGUGCACGAAGACGGCGACUCGCGGGGCGAAUUCGCCUGCGGCAGCGGGCAAGAAGAUGAGGAAGGUACACCGGACACCGUUAUGGAGGAGAUGGAGGAGGAUGUCGAGGAAGAGGACGAAGACGAGGAGAUUGAGAUGCGGGUGGUGGAUCAGGAUUCUGAGAGCGUCGGGCGGGAGAACGCGACCAGCGGCGGCGCUAACGCAACCGCGACAAACUGCAAGAAGCGUCAAUCCUCGUCGUCGUCCACCUCGUCGAGCGGCGUCCAGGCACAAAACUGUCAAAGUCAGAGUCAGAACGGUCAAAAUGGGACUGGCGGUGGUGGCGGGAGCGGCGGAGGUAGCAGUAACGCCAGCGGUAAACCAAGAAGAGCGCGAACGGCCUUCACGUACGAGCAGCUGGUUAGGCUGGAGAACAAGUUCAAGACUACGAGAUAUCUGUCCGUGUGCGAGCGGUUGAAUCUGGCGAUUGAGCUUCAACUGACCGAGACCCAAGUGAAGAUCUGGUUCCAGAAUCGGCGGACCAAGUGGAAGAAACAGAAUCCGGGCUUAGACGUCAACAGUCCCACGGUGCCGACGACACCGCCGCAUCCGUCGCCGUACGCUCCCGCCUUCCUCUUCGCCGCGCAUCCGCAUCAGCACCCGUUGCCGCACUCGCACACGCAUCCGCACCCGCACGCCCAUGUACACCACCCGUCGCCGGUGCCACCGCCGCCGCCCGGCUACUAUCACCCGGCGGCCCCACCUUACCCGCCGACCGGACCGACCUUCUUCGGCCAUCAUCUGUCAGCGACUCCUGCUGCGACUGCGUCGGGUCCGCCGCCGACCUCUACGCCUUCCUCCACCGGCCUAACCCUCACGUCUCAUCCGCAUCCGCACACGCACCCGCACGCGUAGCGAACUCGCAGGCGAUGAUAGCCUGCGUCAGUGUCCUCGCCUUCGUAGUCCACGGCAAGGAAACGGCGGGUUCGUGUGACGUGUACUUCCGGUCGCGGCGAACAAAAGUACUAAGGAAGGAAGAAGGAUAGAUCUCCGUGCGUUUUUAAUUUAUCCACAUCGUUGGUUGAUUCUUCAAUUUGUCGUUUUUUGGUGAAUGUUUGUUGUUUUCCUCAUAAUAAUUACGGUUGGUUUUUUUUUCAAAUUAGUAGAAAGUAUCAUCGUUCCUCUACGCGACAACGAAAGAAGUUGGUCACUUUAAAAAUGAUUGAAAAUAAAGACCAUAAUUUUUGCCAAUUGUCAUAACUAAUUGGCUAUGUCAAUCAUUAAAUACAUUUAAUGUGUACGCGAAAAAUAGAAAAAUGCCAUUAUUAAAAUUGUAUUCCUCUCAAAAAUAAUUGAGAGAAAUAACGUUUAUUAUUAUGCGAACGAUUUUAAUUCGGACUUGUGUCAUUUUUCAGGUACAAAUAGAACUAUGAAAUAAUAUCUUGGCAUCGUGAAAUAGCAAUUUUUGUUUGAUGUUUAAAAAAAUGAUAUCGAAAACUAUUUAAGUAUGAAAUCGGACGAUGGGUAUAAUGUUUUCGUUUGUCGGAUCGAAGCGCGUAUUAGGCUGUCGCGAUGUUAUAUUUUGCCUUCCCGUUGCGCACGUGAAACGAGUCGAUAGCAUAAUCGGUUUACGUAGGGUGACGUACAAAAAACGAGCGUAUCAUUCCGGCAUGACACUGGCCAAACAUUUAAAUUCCACGCGUAUUUUUCUCCCACCGUCGAUCUUUUGGACAAUAGCCGAAGGGAAAAUGACAUCUUUCUAAAACGAACACGUUCAUCAUCUGAUAGAUAACUCGACACUUGACAUAAAGUGGAAUGAGUUUCGAUUACUUUUCUAAUUUGCGCUUUUGCUCCCCGUUCCGAGCUUUGCGUAUCGUAAAAAAGAAAAUUCAGAACAGAGUCAUAAACUAUCGUAACACCGCCCGAAAUUGGCGAAAUCGUCCUUCGCCUAUUAAAACGAAAACCUCAGUACUUUAAUCCAUGUAAAGUAACACGAACACUCCGAGUCCUUGUCGUUUUCUCAUCUUUGUAACAUAUUCCGUUCGUCGCCGCGAUUAAGCGACGGCGGAAACUCGUCUUAAAGGGAAGUAGAUUUUAUCAGACACGCUCUUAGCAAGUAAGAUGUAUGCGUCAGGAUGGAUGUUCGAGAAAGUGAGAGUGCGUUGAUUGCGAUUGUGGUGAAAAAUUAGUGAGUAAUGUUUCGUGUGCCGAACGCAAAAACGAGGCACACCCGGAACGUAGCGAUCGUUCCUGUGUAAAAUAAAAAUCAUACGUUACGCUCGU